CAUAUAAUAAUAACUGAUAUUUAGUCAUUAUGUAUGCUUAUGAGGAGGAAGAUGAUCCUGCAGAUAAUUACCAGAAAUCUGUUCGAGAUCGGGCCAAUAUCAGUUUGAAUGAAUUGGAGGAUGUCCUCAUGGGGACUGGAAAUAGUCCCAAUAACUCUAUCACCUCCUAUGCCAAGAGCCAACUUAAAACCUCUGUACAUCCACGUACACUCAGGUGGUAUGAAGACUCUGGGCGCCCACAGAAAUACAAAGAUGCUUCCCAUCAACUUGGUAACAUUCUCAGCUCACAGCCAGACAAACAGUAUACACAGAAAGUCAGUGCACCAGAAUCACAGAAAGCAGCCCCUGGUCCUAUGCCAUCUGUUGAAGAAGCAGCAGCCAUUCUUCAAACCCAGACAAGUUACAUUCACCAGUUGGAAAACGAAAACAGAUACAUAAAGGAAGAACUGUUUGCACUGAGAGCAAAAGUUGGGGAACUUUUGGAUGAAAACAGGAGACUUCAUGAUGAGUUAAAGAAAAGUGUGAUGCAAGAAUUGUUUGGUGUGAACGGGGACUUUUCCAAGGUGGACGACUCCUUCCUUUUAGAUGAUGAAAGGCAGGCUUUCCAAAGUCGUGAUAUUCGAAACAUACAGAUAGAGAUGGAGCGCUUAAGUUCCAUCCAUGCUGCUCGGACAGAGAGACUUGAAUCCCAACUAGCACAUUCCAGAGAGGAGAUUCAGCGAUAUGAGCAGAUAACAGAGGAUUUAAGGUCGCAACUACGCAUGAGGGAUGUUAUCCCAACUAGAGAGGACGGAAUGUUUAUUGAUACUGCCUACCUGUCCGACGCUCACAAGGGCUUCCACAAGCAGACCAUAGACAGGCUGACAAAGGAACGGGAUGAACUGAUGGAACAUGUCACAGUUCUCAAGGGGCGUGUCUCAGAGAUGGUUGGGCGUGAGGAGGAAGCUUACCAACAGAUGAAAAAAGGCAUUGAACUUGUGGAGCAGGCUCAGUUUGAGCAAACACAGGCCAUGGUACAUAAGGAGCAGCUGACUGAAGAGCUCAAUAAUAUGAGAAAAAGGUUUGAUGCUCAUAUCAAUGACACGCAAAUUAAGAUGAAUGAAGAUCGGGAAGCAGUGCGACGUGAAAAUAACACCAUUGUAGAGGAACUGAAUGGCAAGAUAAAAGAACUCAAUCUUCAAACGGCUGCUAUGUCUACACAAAUGGAUAAAGUCACACGAGACAAAGUUGCUCUCAUCAAUGAAUUGGAUGAACUGAAGGUGCAGUUACGACGCUAUGAUAAGGAGGCAGCUAUGUCCACAGACACAUUUCAUGCAGAGUCUACCAAUGCUAGCCUACAGAAAAGUCAGGCUCAACAGGAGGCUGCUCGUCUGAGGAAGGACAUGGACAUACUGCGUCGUGCAAAGGAUCAGGAAAGGACACAGCUACAAAUGGAGUUGGACGAUGCCCGACGACGUCUGCAGAAGGCUGAACGAGAUCUAGUAAACAGCAAAGAAGAGUGUAUUCAUCACACCACAACUACACAGGCCCUAGAGAGAGAGCUACAUCUGGCUAAACUAGCCAGAGAUAGUAUUGAGCGAGGACGUAACGAAGAUCUUAAGGCCAUAUCUCACCGGUCACAGCACCGCGAAGAGGAACUUAACACUUAUAUAGAUGAGAUAGAGGACAAACAUGCACGGACAUCCCAUGAUAUGGAUGUUAUGAUUAAACGACAAAAUAAAUUGAUCGGGAAGUUAAGGGAUGAAUGUAAGCGACAAGCUGCCCAGAUAGAAACACUGACCAAGAGAAACAGGACCCAAAAUGGUAAUUUAAAAAAGCAAAAUGAAGAGUUGCGAAUGCGCCUGGAUCGUGCUGUGACCCGCCUAAAGGAUCUGGAAGACACUGGAGAUCAACAUUCUCGUGUACAUGAAAAAAUGAAGGAGAGGCUGAAGAUGAUGGAUGAUCAUACGCAGACUCAAUCACAGCAGGUACUAGACCUCAUAGCUAGUCAGAGUAAGCUUAACCGAGACCGUCAGUUACUAGCACGGGAAGUGGAGUUUCUCCGCCGACAAAUUGCCCAAUCAACUGAGGAGGAGCUACAAAAAUACUUUUCUUCAAAUAAAGGACUUGUUGAUGAGAUUCUUACAAAUGUCUCUUCAGAAGAACGUGAGAAAAACUUUACACCCAAAGACAAGGUGACAUUCAGUGAGGGCAUUGAGACAUGACAAGGUGACUUCAGUGAGGACAUUGUGACAUGACAAGGUGACAUUCAGUGAGGGAGGACAUUAUGACAUGACAUGGUGACUUCAGUGAGGAUUGUGACAUGACAAGGUGACUUCAGUGAGAAUCGUGACAUGACAAGGUGACUUCAGUGAGAUUUGUGACAUGACAAGGUGACUUCAGUGAGGAUCGUGACAUGACAAGGUGACUUCAGUGAGGAUCGUGACAUGACAAGGUGACUUCAGUGAGAAUUGUGACAUGACAAGGUGACUUCAGUGAGGACAUUGUGACAUGACAAGGUGACUUCAUUGAGGACAUUGUGACAUGACAAGGUGACUUCAGUGAUGAUUGUGACAUGACAAGGUGACUUCAGUGAUGAUCGUGAUGAUCGUGACAUGACAAGGUGACUUCAGUGAUGAUCGUGACAUGACAAGGUGAUUUCAGUGAGGACAUUGUGACAUGACAAGGUGACUUCAGUGAGGACAUUGUGACAUGACAAGGUGUCUUUAGUGAGGACAUUGUGACAUGACAAGGUGACUUCAGUGAGGACAUUGUGACAUGACAAGGUGACUUCAGUGAGGACAUUGUGACAUGACAAGGUGACUUCAGUGAGGACAUUGUGACAUGACAAGGUGACUUCAGUGAGGACAUUGUGACAUGACAAGGUGACUUCAGUGAGAAUCGUGACAUGACAUGGUGACUUCAGUGAGGACAUUGUGACUUGAAGUACAGGACAUAAUGAUGACAUUAAUGAUAUAUUAACUGUGGAUGAAUGUGAUCAGUAGGUUGUGUCUGAGCAGGCAGAACUGAAAUAUGUGAUAUUGUACAAAUUAGUGCCCAGUGAUCCAUAUCUCCUUCACAGGUGUACCAAGUCAUCCAUAUCUCCCUCACAUGAAUCAUAAGUCAAAAUCAGCUCAGUUCUAAUAUACUGAAAUACAAAGCAAAUUAAUAGUGGUUUUAAUAGUGGUAAAGAAACCAUCUGUGAGAGAGAACCUUUUUAUGAUUGUUAGAGAAUUUAGUAAUGGUUGUUCGUCAUGGAAAAUUGAGAUUGUUUGGAGAUGUGAUGACGUCAGGAUGGUGUAAAUCCCAGUUCUAAGUGUGCUGGUCACUAUUAUAUUAUAACAGUUACAUGUAUAUUUUAUAGUAUUUUCUGUACUAGCUUUAUUAUGUCCAUUAUCACAGUCAGAAAUUACAAAUAAAUAAAA